AUUUCUCUUUCGUUUUUCAACAUUAUUUGGAAGGAGCUUCUACUCCCACGUAGACGCGGCAGAGAUUGUCAAAAUUCACCGCUUGGCUUCAUACAGACUUUGAGCUGUGCGUCUAUCGUCUCAUCUGUAUUUUUUCUUUGAGUGCCAAGAGUUACGAAGCUGGAAGAUCCGAAUCAGAGGACGCACGACGGCACGAUGAAGCUUACCUUUCUCCCAGAAGCCCACAAUGUGCCCGAUUGUGGCGUCGCCCACCCCGGACAUCUUCCUGUGGAAGCUCUCGCUGGCCAGGAGAGAGAGACAGAAAUUCAGGCAAAAGGGGAGCAAACUAACUAUAGACUGCUGACUACCAUGCUGGCUUGCGUCGUUCUGUCAAGUAUCUGCUUCUGCUGCUUUACCGUUUUCGUCAUCUGGAGCUGCGCGUAUCAAUCACCAAUCCUUGGCGUCCAGUGGUCGAAUGCCCAUGACGCCAGCUACGUAGGGAAUGGAGAUGCUACACGCUCGUCAGAAAUUCUGAAUUCCACAGGCUAUAGGGACGAAGGUGAAGUUCAUUCCUCCGUGUCUUCAUCACCCUUCACACCCCUCGAAACUGGCCCUCGCCCGUUUGUGUCAAUCUGGGAAAUCAACACGAUACCACUUUUUGCAGUCCAAAACAUGGGAGCGUUGUCGCUUCGGUGGGGAGAUGACUCUACUCUGAAAAUGACGGAAAUGAUUCUGCAGGUUACCGGAAUUUCUCGCUCUGGAUCUGACUUGAAUUCAAUUGGCACGAACAAUGUUGGGGCCACGACGAUUUUCUUGGCUGGAGGGUCCACGUUUGUCGUGGAAGGCGAACGCGCCGUAUUAUAUAACUCAGAUGGAAAUGUUGUGAAAUCAAUGACCAAAGUUGUUAAUCCUUCACAAGACAGGGACGAAGGACGAAACAUACCCCCCGAAGAGGAAGGAACGAUCCAGUUCUUAGGUGUGAGGCGGUUGGAGCAGAAACCCGGAGGCAUCUUCGGAAAGCCUAAGCAAACAGGAUUCGCUCCUGCCAUGCUCCCUAAUGGGCCGCCUCCGCAGCCUCUGGGACCACCCGCAAGCUUCAUGGAUGCUUACUGUCGAUAUGGAUGCGGAGGCAUGUCAGUGACGUUCCCUUACUACUACCGGCCCUUCUUUGGGUACGGCUACCCAUUAGUAGGAACAGAAGCUAUGUUCCCCCAAGGAUAUGGCGGUUACCCUGCUGCUCCCCUUCUGGCAUCACAAGGUGGUGCUUCGGCCAUAAUGGGCGCCUCAGGACCUGUUUUGGCAGGCGGAGUGCCCGCAACAGCUCUCGGAGUGCCUGGCAUGGGCGCUGCUAAUGUUGUCGGUGGAGUUCAGCCGGUCGCCGUUGCCUUACCACUGCGAUAAAUUUUCGUUUCUACCUGUGUGUAUGCCCGUUAGGUGGCAUACUCGUCUGUACAGACUAUUCAUUUUUACCGAGACUACAUGCAUCUGCAGUUACAACUGUAUGGUUGCUAGAUCUGCCUUUGUUCUAUGCUGAAUGCAGCAAGCGGAGUGCCUUGGCCUAAUCGAGGUGCCCGGUGUUGCAUGUUUCC